CAAGCUACUAGAGUUUGAACUUGUCAAGAUCGUCCAGGUCGAAAAGAAAAGGCAGUGGAUGAAGAAACAUUGGAUGUUGUUUUUUUGGGACUUUGAUUUGGCGGGCAUGGAGAACUCGCGUAGACCAUUUGAUAGAUCACGAGAACUGGGUUCAAAGAAGCCCCGAUUGAUGGAAGAGCUGGAUCGGGCUUCAAAUUCGGGUGCCAGACAGUUUCCUCAUCGACAAGUGGCUUCUGCGAUUACGACGUUGUCGUCUGCAAGGUUUAGAACAAACGAAAGAGGUCUUGAAAGCAGUGAUUUUGGUCGCCCAGGUGGUGCUGGUGGCGGUGGUUAUCAGCCACAACCACUGCCAUUUCAGGAGCUUGUUACUCAGUAUAAGGCAGCUCUUGCCGAACUUACUUUCAACUCGAAACCGAUAAUUACCAACUUGACUAUCAUUGCAGGGGAGAACCAAGCUGCGGAGAAGGCCAUUGCAGCAACUGUUUGUGCUAACAUUCUAGAGGUUCCUAGUGAUCAAAAGCUGCCAUCACUUUAUCUCUUAGACAGUAUUGUUAAGAAUAUUGGGAGGGAUUAUAUAAAAUACUUUGCUGCCAGGCUACCUGAGGUAUUCUGCAAAGCAUACAGACAGGUUGAUCCUUCUGUUCACCAAAGUAUGAGGCAUCUUUUUGGAACUUGGAAAGGAGUAUUUCCUCCUCAGACCCUUCAUAUUAUUGAGAAAGAAUUGGGCUUCACUUCUGCUGUCAAUGGCUCAUCUUCUGUUUCUACUACACUGAAGAGUGAUUCACAGUCACAGCGUCCACCUCAUAGUAUCCAUGUGAAUCCCAAGUAUUUAGAAAGACAACGACUACAGCAGUCCAGCAGGACUAAAGGAGUUGUUGAUGAUAUCACUGGAGCAAUGUCAAACUCAAAUGAUGACCAAGAGAUGCCGAGUAGAACAUUGGGUGUUGUACGACCAUGGGUGGAUCCUAAUAAUGAUCAGCGUGCUCGUAGAGAUGCGUUCAAUGAUUCUGUUCCAGAGAAGAGCACUGGUGCGACUUAUGGAAGCAAUGAAUUUGGUUCAAAUCUUUCAAGGAAUUUGGGCUUGGGUAUCAGCCGACCUGGUGGUAGGGUGACUGAGUCAGGACAUGACAAAGGUUGGUACAACAAAUCUGGUGUUGUUGCAGGGACCAUGUCUGGACAAAGAAAUGGUUUGAGUCUCAAGUAUAGUUUUUUGAAUACUGAAGCACCAAAGUCCAUGACGUUGGAUGCACAUCAUCAAUCAGCACCAAACAUAACACAGAGCAGUGUGAUCUCGAAUAGCUGGAAAAAUUCUGAGGAAGAGGAGUACACAUGGGAUGAGAUGAACUCUGGCUUGACUGGUCAUGGUGCAUCCACUGUUAACAACUUGAGCAAAGAUGCUUGGACUGCUGAUGAUAAUUUGGUAAGCUUGGUACUAUUUGGUGAUAUGGGUAUCAAAAUGAUGCAAAACAUGUUGGAAAAAAAGCUAACUCCUACAUUGGUUAGAGAUAAAGCUUGA